AUUUCCUCGUAGAACCCUAAUUUCUUGGAAGAAAAGAGAAUGUGGCCACAAGGCGGAGUGGCCGCCGCGACGCUUACCCUCGGAUUUGGAGCGCUUGGAAUCGCCGGCAUUGGCAUUCUUACGCUCGCCGUUCACCCGACAUGGCUCGUCAGGAUCGUGCAAACGAGGCAGCGAAGAGUCUUGUUUCUCGAUCAAAGACGAGAAAAGCACGAGCUUCUGGUCGCGCUCACUCUGGACGAUGGGCCUCACAGAGACAUUACACACGAGCUACUGGACAUUCUUGAGGAAAACCACAGCAAAGCGACGUGGUUCCUGAUAGGAAGUAAUAUGGACAAGUGCCCAGAGGUGGUCGAGAGAAUUUACAAAGAAGGGCAUGAGGUUGGGAACCACACCAUGUACGAUUGUGCUUCCUGGCGUCUCUCUCCGGAGGAGUUUACUGCCCAGCUUCUGGCCACAGAGAGACGGCUCGAACCAUUUUUCCGUAAAGGCGAGGACGGGAAACCGUGGAAGUGGUUUCGACCCGGGCACGGCUUCUACAAUCGAGAAAUGAUAGAUCUUGUCGAGGGGUACGGCUACAAAUUGGUACUCGGCUCUCUGUAUCCUCUCGACACGUUGUUCAGGAACAAAGGAAAGUUGAUUGCAAAGUACCUAUUGUGGAGGGUUCAUCCCGGUGCUAUUAUCGUUCUUCACGACAGGGAACAGCAGAAGAUACAGACUCCGGAGGUGCUAAGGGUACUUCUCCCCGAGCUUAAACGAAAGGGCUAUUCGGUCGUGACUAUUCCGGAACUACUUAAACUCCAGUGAGAGAUCAGCAUAUUCCAUAGGUUCUUACGACGAUGGGGUGUGCGGCUUCUAGACCCGGUAUGUUUUGCUCCUUCGAUGGCUGUACCCAAAUCGUCAAUUUAUGCGAUCUAUUUGUGUGAGCUCCAAGUUCGAAGCU